AUGCACAAGGGGAAAUCAGUAAAGAUAUGUAAUGUAGAUGAGGGAGUUAUGAAGAUCAAGGAUGCUAUGUGUUGCAGGAAAGUUCUUAUUGUUCUUGAUAAUGUGGAUAAUCCGGAACAAUUCAAAUCCAUUAUCGGUGAGCAAGAAUGGCUGUCCUCGAGAAGUAAAAUCAUCAUAAAAACUCAAUUUAAGAGUUUGUUAACUAAAGGUCGUUGGAAACUUCACAUUGAGCCAUUGAAUGCUAAUGAGUCGCCUAAGCUCUUUGCCUUGCAUGCUUUUGGACAAGAAGAUCAUCCUGAAAAUUUCAACGAGCACUGUGAAUGUGUAUUGAGGUUUUGUGAUGGUCUUCCAUUAGCUCUUUGUGUUUUAGGCUCCUUUCUCGGUUGCAGAAGUACAGAUGAAUGGAAAAGUGAAAUUGAAGAACUGCAAGAAAUUCCUGGUAGUCAAAUUCAGAAGGUUCUUAGAAAAAGCUAUGAUUCUCUGCAAAAUGAUCGUCAUAAAGAAAUAUUUCUUCACAUAGUUUUUUUCUUUAUUGGGUGGGAUAAAGAUGUUGUACUUAAAAUUUUAGAUGGCUGUGGCUUCAAAACAAAUUCGGGAGUUCAAAGUCUCAUGGAUAGAUGUCUCAUUGAAAUCAAUGAAAGUAACAAGCUUACGAUGCAUCAAUUGGUUAGAAACAUGGGUAGAGCAGUCGUUCUCCAAGAAUCUCCUGAUGAACCGGGGAAUCUUAGUAGAAUAUGGAAUCAUAAAGAGGCGUUUAGGGUGUUGACAGAAAAAACAGGUACCCAGACAAUUAAGGGCCUCAUUCUUGACAUGCAUAUGUUAAGAGAAGAGAAACAUGUCAGACCAAUUUCAAAUUAUGAAAAUCAUAUUUAUGAAAAUUCUGUGGAGGAAUCAAUGCUUGGUUGUGAAGAUAACUAUUCAAUGUUUAAUUGUCUUGGUGGCUUUUGGCAACUGAUCAUGAAUUGUAUCUCAAAAACUUCGUUUACCUCAUCAGAUGUGAUCAAAACAGAGGCAUUUGCAAAUAUGCGCCAAUUAAAUGUGCUUCUGCUCAAUGAUGUUAAGCUUGAUGGAGGAUAUGAAGAUUUUCCAAAACACUUGGUGUGCCUGCGUUGGCUCAGACUCCCUUUGAGCUCUAUGCCAACGUGUUUAAAUGUGGAGAAACUUGUUGUUCUUGAUAUGCGGCAUAGCAGGCUAAAAGAUGCUUGGCAGGGAAAGUUGUAUGAUGAUUUUCCCACGGAUCUUCAUUUGCCUUCUUUGAAACAUUUAGUUCUGCGUGAUAACUCAAUUCGUACUAUAUCGGCUGAAUAUCUUGGAGGCCUGAGCCUCCCUUCACUCGAAUAUCUUGAUUUAUCGCGGUGCAACAGCCUCGACGUUAUUGUACAGGUUCCUAUUAAUAUAGAGGAACUGUAUUUGAUAAAGCGUAGGCUAAUUACACGUCUGUCGGACUUGCUGAGUGUUGGAUUAGAGGACAUCUCCGGUGGCCGUGAAAGUCUAGCCAGCUAUGAAAACAGGUAA